AUGGCUGUCGUUGCUGCACCGGAGACUCCGCCUCGCAAGGGAGUGGCUAAGGCUAGAAGGGAUGUUGAUUUAUCAGGCCUUUGGGAGGCCUGGGAGGAGAACCGUGCGAUCCGGAAGUUUUCUAGAAAGAAGGGAAGCUUGCUGGAGUGGGAGGAUCCUUCCAAGGUCGGCAAGAUCAACAAGAGAUCUCUUUUGCUAAAUCACAAAGUUCUGCUGGCUUUGGUAGAAAUGUACUGUCCAAGCAACGAGCCCAACAAGACAGUGCCUGUGCUGAACCUGAAGGAGCAAGUUAGGCGAUACUUUGAAGAGAUCGACAUCACCCCUAAGCCCGGCAUGAUCUAUUGCACGAGUCACAGCUUGAAGAUGUUCAUGAGCUACAUCAAUCGGCGACACGAUGGAUCUAAGAGGAAGGAUCAUCGCCUCAAGGCCAUCUUCGAUGCAGUCGGCAAGUACUGGCCGGCCAAAAUUCGCAGCCGCAGGACCUUGGCUCUGGAGGAUGCAGCAGAGGAAGCUGAGGAAGGGGAGGAGGCGGGGGAGGAAGAGGAGGAGGAAGGAACUUUGACAGAGCCUGAGGAUGAGGAUGGGCAGGUGUGCGAGGUUGAUGAAUACCUUGCUGAAAGCAUGGGCCUGGUUUCUGGAUCCCCGCAGCCGCCCUCGGCUUACAUCGGGACGGUGGCCUAUGAGCUAGAUGCCGACACGGCACAGGUUGUGCCUUACGAGGCAAAAGCGCCUGCUUCAGGGACCGAUCUCGUGAGAGAGUUGGCCGAGCUGGAGCAUUUCGCUUCAAAAUUGGACUCUCCAUUGUAA